UGCGUGUGUGUGUGUGUGUGUGUGUGUGUGUGUGUGUGUGUGUGUGUAUGUCUCUCUCUCUCUCUCUCUCUGCCUCCCUCUCUCUCUGCCUCUGUGUGUGUGUGUGUCUCUCCCUUAACUAUUAUGGUCGGCCCACCCUCGGGGUAGGUGCGUGUGUGUGUGUGUUUGUGUGUGUGCUGGUGUUGAGAGGAAGCAGUCUGCCGCUGCACCAGUCCAGUGACGCUGAAGGACUCUGAGCUGACUGUGGGGGCCCUGGGCGCGGACCAUGGGGCCAUAGCACUGAAUGGCCCCCUCCUCUCGUCCUCUCCUCCUGUCUGACACAACUUGUUCACUGAAGUGAGGAGCGGAUUGUUACAAAGAAAGAACAAACCAAGGACCACAACAUCAAAGUACAUCGGCGACUUGACGAGGAGGAUCAUGGUGGCCGAAGAGAUCGUGAUAGUCUUGUCCGGGGGAGGACCAUGGGGCUUUCGACUGCAGGGAGGGCUGGAGCAGCAGAAGCCCCUCCAGGUAGCCAAGGUACGGAAGCGCAGCAAGGCAUGCAGGGCCGGUCUGAGAGAGGGGGAUGAACUGGUCUCCAUCAAUGAGCAGGCAUGUGGAAGCCUGUCUCACGGCCAGGCCAUGAACCUCAUCGACAGCUCUCCAGGACUGCUCCACAUCCGGGUCAAAAGGGCGCCUGCUGGCUUCCAGUCCGUCGUGCUGCUGACGCGUGCUCCCUCGCCCCGCAUCGACAAGGAGUACCGCGCCGCUCUGAGGGCCAUGUCCCCCGCCCACAGCCAGCACCCGCCCGUCAGAGAGAUCCACCGCAGCCAGUCGUCCCUGACCAGCGGCCUCACCUCGCCCCCCGGCAGCGAGGCCUACUACGGUGAGACGGACAGCGACGCUGACGUGAUGGCCUACGGCCGGCAGCGGCGGCAGAAACGCCGGAGCCCCAACGCCGCCAACCCGGGGAAGCUGGGGGGGCGGUCCUCCCCAGAGGGCGGGGAGACGUCCGAGAUGAGCGGCUACGACAGCGCCCCGGACGCCCGCGUGUUUUCCGGCCCCCUGGACGGAUGCGUGGGCUUCGGAGGGGAGGGGAUGAGGGGGACGGUAGUGGAUGGUGGAGAAGCUCUGCCGGGCGUGGCUCGGAGGGAGGUGAUCUACCAGCCUCCGGCCCCGGGGCUUUGGUCAUCUCAGACGUCCACCGAGACCUCCUCCAUCAUCUCCUCGGCUGACGACCAGGGGCCCCGGGAUGGGGGCCCGGAGGAGGACAGCGGCUUCCUGGAGCCGUCCAACGUGCCCCUGGUGUCCCCCGAGAGAGCCAAGGAGGCCAUGAUGCUGGGCUCCCGUAGUCAGCUGGUGCCCAUGGUCGGGCCCAUCGACACGCCCGUGGAUGAAACGCUAAGCACCACCUACGUGGAGAAGGCCAAGCAAGCUAAGCUGAACCGGGGGGACACUGCACAGGACAAACAUGUAAAGGAGGCCAAGACCAAGUGCCGAACGAUUGCAUCUCUGCUGACGGAUGCUCCUAACCCUCACUCCAAGGGUGUGCUGAUGUUCAAAAAGAGACGUCAGCGGUCCAAGAAGUACACUUUGACCAGCUUCGGUAGUGUGGACGAGGACAUGUGCCAGGAGUCCCAGGAAGAGGAUGGUGUAUUUCAAGGAAGUGAGUCAGAGUUUGAUGAAGAAGGCUUCUCGGCUGCACCUGAUCCAACCUGGGACAGCGACUGCCUAGAUAAGCUGGAUAAAAGGGCAGCAGCGAGUACUGGGGGUAGUGGAGAAAUGUCUGGAGGUGCUCCAAGUCCAGGGUUGAGUGACACCACGGGCAAAGGAGCCCAGCUGUUUGAGCAGCAAAGGAGAAGAGCUGCUGAACACGCCAAGAAAACGGAGGCUGCACAGCCUAAGAUGCCUGCACAGCCUCAAAGCCAGGGGCGCGACCAGUGGCAACCUCACGCAGAACCACAGGCACAAGCAGUUGUCCCGUCUCCACAAAUGACACAAAUCUUACGAGAUGAUGCUCAACCUAUGAUGGCCCAAGCCCCAGUCGCUGUGUUAGGUAACCAAGCUAAUAGCAAUAUAAGUUACACUGGAGUGGGCUCGGCCAGCAUGGUCAUGCCACCUACAUCUGCAACCCCCUCCGAGUCAUCGAUACCGGACGUUUUGUCUAGUAAUGUUCUCAACCGAACCGCCCGUCCCUUUGCCCCGGGUUUUAUAACCAGCAGGUCUGCCACAGCCCCUGUUGUGUUCCGUCCAUCUGUAGCAAAGAAGCCCCAGCGUCCUGCCUCAGCGAUGAUUGCAUUGACACCAUUCUCCACUUCCUCUGAGCCAUACAAUAAUGUUGCAUUGGCAGCUAUGCCACCCUUACAGCCGAUUGGUCCACCAUCAAUGUUCUCACCGCCUUUCAGUCAGUCUGUACCUGGUGGUCCUCUCCCCUCAACCCCAAUGGCCUUUCACAAUCAAAUCCCUCAACCUCCUCCUUAUCAGGUACAGCACAUGCAGGCCCCACAACCAAUGACAAGUGCUCCCCAGGCUCCAUAUACAUGUGUGGCUUCCCCGCCAAUGCCUCCUGUAUCAAUGCACCAACCAGUUUCAUAUGGACCUGUCACUCCAAGUGAUGCUGCGCCAUUGCUCCAAGCUUCUGUAGCAAAGGCUCCUAAUCCAGUUCUGCCAAUCCCUCCAGUUCAGGUGCCAAUGGUCCAAACACCGCCCGUCCAAGUCUCCCUAGCCCCUUCAGCUCCAGUGUCUGUUGUCUAUCAGCAAGCCGCUGUGGCUCCUACUCCUGUCCCUGGGUCAACAGGUCGCACAGGCAUUCUGUUGGAUGCUCGUCGGCGUGGUGGGAAGUAUAAGCCUAUGUUCAAUGUUCCAGAGGUCAAGAAGAACUCACCUAAUCCUCACCUGCUGUCCAUGGUUCAGAAUUUAGAUGAAAGACCUGCCCGAUAUCGGUAUGGCCAGCCUCCGGAGGCCUACAGCGAAGAUGUGGAGGAAGACUACAGUGAUUCUGGUAAGGGCAGGAUGCCCCCCCCGGUGGCCCCCAAGCCUCGGGUGAUCCAUGAAGCCCCCCAGAUUCCUCAAGCUGAAGGCAAGGGGGCUCAGCUGUUUGCCCGGAGGCAGAACCGGAUGGGCAUGUACGUGGUGGACACCCCACCUGAGACUCCUUACCAGCAGGAGGUAACCUAUAAUGCUCAAUCUCAAGCCCUAUCCCCAAAUCCGUCCCUCACAUCUCCAUGGAAGUAUUCCCCCAACAUCAGAGCUCCACCACCCAUUGGCUACAAUCCCCUCUUGGCUCCAUCUGUCCCCGUUGGACCUCAGAGAGAUGCAGCUAAGCCUGAAAACCCGGCUAGAGGGGGAAUGGGCGUGCAGAAAGAGGGAAUAAAAGCAUUGGAUUUCAUGAGAAGGCAGCCUUACCAGCUCAACCCUGCUAUGUUUAGUUAUGGAGGCAGUAAUGCUAAUCUGUCCACCAUGCCUUCCUACCAGGCCCAGCAGCAGCAGCACGCUGGUUAUUCCAACACAUUGGUGGGAAGCUCGCUCACCCAACCAAGGCAGAUCCCUCUGAAAACUGCUCGCGUGUAUGAAAUCAAGCGCUUCUCCACACCAACACCAAUGACAGCACCCUCUCUGACACCCAAGGUUAUCGCUCCCCGCUCAGCCACCACUCUCGGGGAGCGUAUCACACGUUCCGACAUGAUCUCACCACCUCCUAAACCUCUAACUCAAACCCAUGCCUCCUUUUCAACCUUUGCUCCGACCUCAGCUCCUCUGACUGAGUUCAACUACGCCGCUGCGCCUGCUGCUGGCGUCCCGGCGUUCCCGUCGUAUGCUCCAGCCCCCGCACCAAGGCCCGCCCCAUCUCUGUUCCAACCCACCGGCCUGCCCAGUCUACCACACAUCAAUACAGCACCUAUUCCACACUAUGUUCCCAACGCCCAUCCCAUGCCCUACACCCCAGUGUCGUAUACCUCUGGGCUCCAGUAUGCCAAGCAGUUUCAGAGCGCCCCGGAGCUCAGCAUACUCGCCUCCUUGCCCCCACUGAAGCCCAACCCUGUCCAGGUGCCCAAGCCUCGCUUUGUUGCCACCAAGCGGGGAGUCCAACCUGGUGUCUGGAGACCUGGGGCUUUUUAACUCCAAUGCACCAUCUCAUUUACAGUUUGUGUGUUGAAUAAGUUUGUGUCGAUUGCAAGGUUAUUUUUUUUUUUUAAUUACCUUUUUUUGGGGGGGGGGUUGCAAAAUGCUGCUUUACACAUUUAUGUUUUUGUUGACAGUGGUUACACUAUGCUCACAUUUGGCUGAUUGACAUAAGAUGUUGGGGACAUGCUAGGUGAUUGAACAGCAGGUCAGGUGUGUGCCUGUCCUGUGUAAGAUUUGGGAAACGACUUCUAGAAGACAGCUAUGGAUUAAGUCAUCAUCAUCACUGUCUAAGUGGAGCCUGAACUGAAUUGCUUUGAAAUGUCGGAAAUGUUGGAGAAUCAGAUGUGGAGAUGAGUUUAUCGAGCACAUAUUGGACAGCCACCAUAUGAGCUAAGUGGUUUUGUUUCCCUACUGUUUCUGGCUCGUAGAUUUGAAGAUCCAGAGGAUUUUCAUUGAACCAUUUUUGUCUAUGGUUAAACACUUAAAUUAUUUGCAAAAUAUGUAAUUCUAUUAAAGAAUCACACCGUAAGUGGUAUUUCUUCUGGUCUUUUAUGAAUCAGACAUUUAAAAUGCUAAUAUAUUACUGCGUAAAUAGCUGGUCACAAAAAGUAUAAGAGUUGUGUUUAACACCAUAGCUAACUUUGGCUGGACAGAAAUGUUAUAUUUUUCUACAGGGUUCUGGUUAAAAAGUGCCCUGGCUGUGGCUGAAUACACUGUCGCUGGAUAUCUCAACCACACCUUCCUGGUACCAGAGUACCCUUUCUUGGAUGUUUUAAAUCCGUACCUUGUAUUUAAUAAAUGUCGCUAAUGUUUGAAUGUUAACUUUGCGUUGCGUUAUUUUGGCGUAAUAUAAUUGCCAUCUGGGUGAGGUGAAAAAAGCAGAG